UGGGAGUCAGCAUAACUCCUCGUCAUUCUCAUAGGCAGACCAGGAUUCAGACAGACUAAAGAUGAAGAUUUUCGUUGUUCUCGCUGUGGUUGCGCUGCUCUCCGGAGCCCAGGCUUCUAGCAUCGGAGACUUCUUCCACGACCUGACCGCGAAACUGAGCAGCACCUUCCACCAGGUGGCGUCCGCCGUCAAGCCCCUCGCCAGCAACCUCCUGAGCUCGCUCAUCACCACCGUCAAGACCCAGGGCACGCAGCUUCUCGGCGGACUCGUCAACUCAUUGACCGGUGUUCUGAGCGCUGCUCCUUCUACAACCAAACGAGACAUUGCCGCCAUCUCCUCGUUCCUGGAGAACGGCAAGCAGGCGAUCCACGGCAUGGCUGACACUCUGCACGCCAUCUUUGACGGCGCCAUGUCCAAGAUGUCGGAGAUCGCUCAGAGGAUCCACAGUCUCGACUUCCUCAAGGAACCCGUCCACAAGAUCGUCUCAGAAAUCAAGGAUGUUGUUUCCCUUCAUGGACACCUCCAGCUCGCCAACCUGGCCGAUCUCCUGAAGAACCCGAGCGAGUUCGUGACGAAGAUCGGAGGCGAGUUCCUCAGCAAACUCAUCCACAAGAGAUCCGCCUUCGGAGACAUGCUCUCCUCUUUCGGCCACCAGCUUUCCGGACUCUUCAAGCCUCUCUUGGACAUUGUCCACCAGCAUGUCACCAAUAUCGGAACCACACUCACCUCCGCCGCCACUGGCAUUGUCUCCGCCCUGAAGCCCCACAUUGACACCCUCAAGAGCCAGCUGAGUGAGCACCUGAACACUCUGAAGACCGUAGGAGCCCAGCUCCUCCAGCACGGAAAGAACGCUCUCUCCGCCCUUCAGAGCGCCGCCACCGACAUCCUCAGCCAGACUUUCCAGAAUGCUGCCCCCACAAUCCAGCAGCUUGCCGAGACAGGGAAAUCCGCCGCUGGGAUCAUUGGUCAGCACUUGGCCGGAGUUUUGGGUGGACAUUAGUUUGAUAUUAAUAAAUAUAGUUUUGUAGGU